UGACAAAAUUCACCAAGCUGCGGGAAUUCCAAUUGCUGGAGACAGGUCUGUUCUUCUUGAUGUCCUGGAGCACCUUCCUUUUGGCAGAAGCAUGGGGUUUCACAGGUGUGGUUGCAGUAUUGUUUUGUGGCAUCACACAAGCACAUUAUACGUAUAAUAAUUUAUCCACAGAGUCUCAGCAUAGAACUAAGCAGUUGUUUGAACUUCUCAACUUCUUAGCGGAGAAUUUCAUCUUUUCUUACAUGGGGCUGACGCUGUUCACCUUCCAGAAUCAUGUCUUUAACCCAACAUUUGUUGUAGGAGCAUUUAUUGCUAUUUUCUUGGGAAGAGCUGCCAAUAUUUACCCCUUGUCUCUCUUACUUAAUUUGGGUAGAAGAAGUAAGAUUGGAUCAAAUUUUCAACACAUGAUGAUGUUUGCUGGCCUCCGUGGUGCAAUGGCAUUUGCCUUGGCCAUUCGAGAUACUGCCACUUAUGCACGACAAAUGAUGUUCAGUACCACACUCCUGAUUGUGUUUUUUACUGUGUGGGUGUUUGGUGGUGGCACCACUGCCAUGCUGUCGUGCUUGCAUAUAAGGGUUGGUGUUGAUUCAGACCAAGAACACUUGGGUAUUCCUGAAAAUGAAAGGAGAACUACCAAAGCAGAAAGUGCCUGGCUGUUUCGGAUGUGGUACAACUUCGACCAUAACUACCUGAAGCCUCUGCUGACCCACAGUGGGCCUCCUCUCACUACCACACUCCCAGCCUGCUGCGGGCCUGUUGCCAGGUGCCUCACCAGCCCCCAAGCAUAUGAGAACCAGGAGCAAUUGAAAGAUGAUGACUCCGAUCUUAUUCUCAAUGAUGGUGAUAUCAGUUUGACGUAUGGGGAUUCUACUGUGAACACUGACUCCGCAACAGCCAGUGCCCCAAGGAGAUUUAUGGGCAACAGUUCUGAAGAUGCCUUGGAUCGGGAGCUUACAUUUGGCGACCACGAACUAGUCAUUCGUGGAACUCGCCUGGUUCUUCCAAUGGAUGACUCAGAACCUGCAUUAAAUUCAUUAGAUGACACAAGACACAGUCCAGCCUAAGCUUUCUAAUACUGAUUUAGUGGUUUUGUAAACUUUGCACAUGUGAUUGUGAAGAAAUGUGUACUACCUACAAGUCCUAGUGCAUGUCUCUGAAUGUGUAAGCUAUAUAAAUGCUAUUUAUAUGGCCUAGGAAGAAUACAAAUACCCUGUACAAGGCAGAUUGUGAACAAACUGUUAAGUUUUGCUGGCUGCACUACAUUGGCCGGAUCUGUUUUAGAAAGUUUCUUUCACAGUGAUGUUGUGUGUUCUGUUAGUUUUAUGUUUCAGUUAAAGUAUAAAAAGUGAUGGAUUGACUAUUUCUUAUAUUUAUCUUACACUUAACUGGAGUACCAACUUCUUGUGGUGUGAAUUAAUUUGUGUGUAGCAGGGAAGGGGGAGGGAAGGAGAGCUGUUAUUCCCUCGGGAACCCAGGGAGGAGAGGUUGCUUUGUUGGAAAACUUUUGUUGGUUGCUGCUGCCUUUGUCGUGACUUCUUUCUUUCCCUUUUCUCUGGUGGCCCUUUGUGGUGCAAGGAGCUGAUGGCAUUUUGAUCUCACCCCAUUCAGAAUGGGGACUGAAGUGUGGGGGCCUUUCUUACCCCAUUGAUGUGAAAGAACAGAUUUCUUGACUACAGUACAUUGAUGCUCUGAGAGAGAAGGCUACAAAUGACCUUCAAGACCUUACUUCUUUUCUUUCACACCAAGACCAUCAGAAUUGCAUCCAGCUGGCUUAGCCAAAGUACAGGUGUAUAUACUUCAGGGCACUUGUUACAUUUGGGGGCGCUGGAGCAUGUGCACAUGGGGCAUAAGAUGGUGGUGUUGGAGGUCUCUCUUCCCAAAUAUGUAAAUAUUCUAUACCAGAUAAGUUGAAAUAGGAAAUGUAAUUACUGCUUCAUUUUUGAUUAUGUUGUUUGUGUGUAUAGCAAGCCUUGUCAUCAGAAGUUUUAUAUAUAUAUAUAUAUAUAUACAUAUAUAUAUAUCAAUUUAAAUCGCUGCUCUUUAGCAGCCAAACAGGAGCAAAAUGUAAAAUUUUUAAACUCAAGAUGUUUAAUGGUUAAUUGCUAGUCAAUAGUUGCUGUUAAAAGUUAAUUUAUGAACCCACAAAUUGUUCUGUACUACACCAAAGGCAGCCGUAAGAGAAAUACAGUGCUCUGCAGCAUCUUUGAAAGGAUUCUUCUUGUGUAAAGUGGGUGUAGUUGUCUUCAUUGCAGUGUUACUUUUUAAUAAUAGACACUCAAGCUGCCAUGUGUUAUUUUUGAUGGUUUUUGAGGAAGAGCACAGGACAAAUUUUCAUUUCAUAUUCAUAGCAUAAAAGUGGUUUCUAUUUUGUAAUGUUACAUAUACCUAAAGGUACAUUGAACACUUGAUGCUGAUUCUGACCUGUUCAUGAUUUAGGAGAAAAAUACAAAUUUUAUGGAUUUUUCCCCCCCUCAGGUCUGAGUAGAAUUGCCUUAAAUCUCACCCAAUUAGAAAAUUGAUUAUAUAUGUGAUGUUCAAAUUUUCCACGGAAACACACUCUUCCAAACAAAACAUGUGCUUACUCUCAAAAGGGUUCUGCGCCAUUGUAAACACUCCUCGAGAUUUUAAGGGGAUUUCACGUUGUACCCUUCGUGGCAGCCUUGACUGUUGGCAUAGCCAUUUGUUAUGUAGUGGUAGUGACUCCCUGCUAUGCAGGGACUCCUCCUGUGAAGUGUAUGUUUUAUAUGAUAUGUGGCUCUUCAUGCAGUAAAUACUUUCUUGUUAACGUAUGUGUGAGGGAUUUUGAAUGUCAACAUCAUGGACCCACAAAGUUAAUUCAAGUUGUCAUUUAACUAUUGUAUUUUUUUAUUCCGUCAGGUUACUGAGCUCACCUUAUGAAAAUGGCUAUAAAUACUUAGCAUGGCAAAUUAUGUAAUUUGUCUCUUUUCAGCAUGCGUAAGAUUUCUCCUUAAGGAAACUGGUAACGCUUGAGUCCACUAAAUCUGCCUUCAGUACUUUAUCAAUGGGAACCAACCUUGUUGUGCUUACGUAUUCAUUAUGUAUUCAAAGAUUUUCUUCCUCACUCGUCUGUGUAUACAUCCCCAUGCAAAGAGAAAACCAUCUCUGUUGAGGCAGCCAUUGUAAUUAAACACCUGAAUGAACUUUGAUGAAGUACAGUCUGAGUUACCAUCAUGCAUGAGUGAACUGCUCUUGGACCUGUUUUUCUGUUGUUCAUGGAACCUACAUGUUUGAUUGACUUGAACAUUGCAUCCCUCAGAGUUAUUUUUCAAGAUUUUUUGGCAUUUAUCCUAGUCUGUUUUUAGCAGUGUGCUGUUAAAGUACUAGACUUCUAAUUUUUAUGUGCUUUUUGUUUUCCUUUGGGGUGCUUGGAAAGAUGUUAUAGUGGUUUCUUUUAGGAAAAUCUGUCAUUAAAAAAAUUAUAGCCUUGCAAAUAA